AUGGCAGCUGGUCCAAUAGCAGAAAGAAAUCAAGAUGCUACAAUUUAUGUGGGAGGAUUAGAUGAUAAAGUAACAGAAUCUUUGAUGUGGGAAUUAUUUGUUCAGUCUGGCCCAGUGGUAAAUGUACAUAUGCCAAAGGAUAGAGUCACACAAAUGCAUCAAGGUUAUGGAUUUGUCGAAUUUAUGGGUGAAGAAGAUGCGGAUUAUGCUAUUAAAAUAAUGAACAUGAUAAAGCUGUACGGUAAACCGAUCAGAGUCAAUAAAGCAAGCGCUCAUCAAAAGAAUCUUGAUGUUGGUGCAAACAUCUUUAUUGGUAAUCUUGAUCCUGAGGUAGAUGAGAAGUUACUAUACGAUACAUUCAGUGCAUUCGGUGUUAUACUUCAAACUCCAAAAAUAAUGAGAGAUCCAGAAACUGGUAAUUCGAAGGGAUUUGCAUUUAUUAAUUUUGCUUCAUUUGAUGCAUCUGAUGCAAGUAUAGAAGCAAUGAAUGGACAGUAUCUAUGUAACAGACCUAUUUCUGUAUCAUAUGCAUUUAAACGUGACGCAAAAGGUGAGAGGCAUGGAAGUGCUGCUGAAAGACUUUUGGCAGCUCAGAAUCCGUUAAGUCAAGCGGACAGACCACAUCAAUUAUUCGCCGAUGCUCCACCUUUGGCACCACCGCCUAUGCCAAAUUCAAAUGCUGUUCCUCAUCCAGCGGCUCAUCAUCCUCAACAUCAUGUGAUGCAUCACGGAAUGGUGGUUCCUCCACCACCACCACCAGCUACGCCAGGUCCACCAAUGGGACAUCCUCCACCACCACCAGUACCACCACCACCAUCAAGCGGAUUUCCACCUUCUAGCAUACCACCUCCGCCAUUACCACCAAUGUCAAUGGCUGCUCAUCCACCUUUACCACCUGGAAUGCCACCACCACUGCCACCUAUGCCUGUACCAACUUCUCAAGCUCAGCAAGCACAAAACAGAAUGAUGGCACCACCACCACCACACUGGGCUGGUGGAGCACCACCACAAGGACAAUUCCCACCUCCACCACCCCCGACAUCAAGUGGGGGACCACCACCACAAUUUGGACAAUUUCAACCAACUCCACCUCGACCUCCACCAGGCUGGAGACAUCCACCACCACCUCCCGUAUCUCCAGGUGGUCCUCCACCACCACCCCCACCACAAUUUAGACCACCCUUCCCACCACGAGGACCACCACCCCCACCACCACCUCAUGAUACCACUCAAUAUUAAUUUUUAUGUCUUUAAUUCAACCUAUUUCAACAUUCAUCUUAUAUUAUGGGAAAACAUUACUUAGGGAUAUCCUUCAUAUAUUUUUAUAUAGAAAACAACGAUAGUUAAAGGAAAUUAUUUGACAUGGUAACAAGAAUAGAAUAAGUUUUUCAAAAUAUAGAACAGUUAUAUUCGUAAUGCGAAAAAACUAGUGUGACUGAUCGUUCCGAUAAAGUUGCGAUAAGAGUAUUUUAAUGUAGACUCUGGUAUAAUAUCGACCGCUUUUACUAUACGAAAAUAAGGAUAUACCAUACACACGUUCUAUCGAUUCCUUUCGAGUCUGUUCAAGCAAGUCGAUGAAAACAUUCGGCAGAUCAUCGGCUCACCGUACGUCGACUGCUACACAAGUUACACAGUGAAAUCGUAUAUAUUAAAUUAUUCGAAAAAU